AAUCUUAAAAAACUGGAUCAAGACCUUACUGAGACAGUUCCCAUUUCUCAGCUCACUUGGCAUUUGGAAGAAGGUGAUGACAGCAUGAGUAAGAAACGACAAGGACAGUUUCCUGUAACGAAGAAACAACCUAAAAAGAAAAUGAGAGUACAGGACAGGGACAGUUUGAGCAGGAUGGAGUUGAAUUCAUGUUGCCAGUUUCCAUCAGGAGCAACAAACAUAGCUCGAGCAAAAGUGGUUCGAAACCACACACCUGAUACCAAAAAGCAAAGUAAAGAGCGUUCUGCAGAUCAGAAGCUAACAUCUUGUAGGAAUAUAAAGAGCUGGCCUGAAAAUGGCAUGGAUUCUGAGGAAGAAGAAGAAAUCCGAGCCAUAAUAGCAAGAGAGAGAGAAGUGUACAAAGAUAAUCCUAACAGUGAACCUGAAGAUAAUAUGGAAGUUGUCGGAGAUAACUUUGAGCUGAAAUAUAGCACUCAUUGGUCUGUACGGAAAGCACACGGCGCCAAGAAAGUACACAAAGCGCGCAACGGAGUCCUAAAGACCCCUGAAAAUGAGUCCGACUAUGAUUCGGCUGACACAGAUGAAAUUAUAGCUGUGACUAAAAUGCCAAAUGAAAAGGAGAAUAAUGAAGCCCGAAAGGGAUCUGAGGCGGCCUGUGAGGGUCUGGAUGGCAAGCCUAGGAGAGGCAUAUUGAUGGACGCUACAAGUUCUGGAUCUUCUGACUCGAGUGGGUUAAUAUGGGAUAAACUGAAAAGGGGGGGAAGAGCAAUGCCUGAAAAAGCGACAGCUGCCAAGGCCACUCAGACUCCUGAACAGAAUAGCAUCACAAAUCAAUGCAAGUCUGAGGGCGAGGAAAGUUCUGAUUCAUCUGUUGACACAAGUGAGCCUGAAGGGGAUGAAGAUUAUGAAACCAUGAUGCAAAGCUGUUACCGACUAAAUCUUACGUUAGAAGAUUUGGCAAGAUUAGCCAGUGAGAAAGCUGAGACUUCAGAUGAAGAUACGGAAAGUAUCCGCAGUUGUACUCAGUACGAAAACCAUAUAUCUCCCAUUAAUAGCACUAGCAAUCCUCUAAAGAAAUCUGCAGAUAGCCCUCCUCUGAAAAAAUGCAUUUGCCCAGAAGAAAUUGUUUCUGCCAUUUUGGAAGAAGAGAGUUCUGAUGAAGACAAUCCAAAGAAAAAAGAUGGGAAACUGAAAGUUCAGCCUUUCAGAGGAAUAGGGUCACUAAGUGAGAAGCUGACUAUGGGUGAGGUGGACAUACAUAGAAGUGUAGAUAACCAGUCUUCUCCUGACCUUGCUGAACUGGAAACUCUGAAAAGUAUUUCAAAACCUUGGUGCUCAGACUCUGCAAGUAAAAGGCUUAAUUCCAAAUCACCCUCAUUGAAAGAAAUGAACUUGGACUCCCACAAAGGAAGCCACACAGUAAAUGCUGACAUUUCUGACCGCGGCUCAUCCAGCACAGAAGCCAGCGAGGUGGAAAGCUCUGAUGGGAGUGUCGCAACUAAAAGAAAGCCCUCCAGAAACCUGAAAUCUCUUCCUAAGAGAACAAAGGCAGAGGCUAGCAUUAAAGGUUCCCAUCUUGUACAGAAUGAGAACUUAAGCAGCCCUUUGAAUCGUGAAGAGGCCUUUCUGGAUUCUGCCAAAGCUACGAGAAAGUCAGACACAAAAGAGAAACAGCUGCAGGAUAAUGAGAGAAGGCUGACAGCUCUGCAGGAGAGGCAAAAAGAACGAGAACUACAGAAGAAACUUAUCCAGGGAGCUCUGACCAAUCUGGAAAUUCAGUCAACAAAUAAACAGACACACAUAGUAUUUGAUUCAGAUGGUGAAAAUGAAUCUGAAAUAGAAGAGAUCACUAAAGAAGGGUCUUCAGGAAAGCUGGCAGGAAAAGAAUUCACCACUAAAACCUCUGGGAAGUUGUUUGAGAGCAGUGAGGAUGAAUUGGAUACUGCGGAUGAAGAAGAUGACAGAUUCAAAAUCAAACCUCAAUUUGAGGGUAAAGCUGGUGUGAAGCUUAUGCGUUUGCAGUCUCGAUUUGGCACAGAUGAAAGAUUUCGUAUGGAUACACGUUUCCUUGAAAGUGACAGUGAACAAGAAGAUGAAUCAAAGAAAUUGGAAGUGGAUGAAGAGGAGGAGCUUGCUUUAGAAAAAAAGAAAAAUCUUGAGAUCUUGAAAAAUCUUCUGCAUAUUGAGAUAGAACCUCCCAAACCUAGCAAGCUGACUGCAAAUGCCAGGAAAUUCAAAGAUAUGAAUGCCCUACGCUAUGACCCUACACGGCAAGACCAUGCAGUGUUUGAAAGAAAGCCAGAAAACACUGAAAAAGAGAGGAAAGCUAAAACAAAGAAGAAGAGGGAGGAAGCUCAGAAACUGCCUGAAGUGUCUAAAGAAAUAUUUUACAAUGUUGCUGUGGAUUUGAAAGAGGUAUUUGGAUCUACCAAAUGUGAUGAGGAAACAGAAAUAACACCAUGGGACAAGCAUGAUGAUGAGGAACAAGCAGCUCCAGUUGAAAUAGAGGCAUUAAAAAUCAGUCCUGGAAACAACAGACAAGAGAAAACUAGUGGCUUCACAUUUUCUUUUUUUAGUGCUGGAGAGGAGAGAUCACCUAUGAAAGAAGAACCCUAUGCGAUUGAAACAAUAAAGCCUUCAAGAGUUGCAUGGCAAGAAGAUCCACGUUUUCAGGACAGUAGUUCAGAAGAAGAGGAUGAGCCAGAAGUAGUUGAAAGCGAAGAUGUUAAAGAAAUGUCUCCAGCCCUGCCACACUCCAAUGUUAGAUUUUUCUUCUUCUCCCAAGAUGAUGAUCGAUUAAAAGAGGGACCAAAGCUCUUCUGUAAAUCCUCGGAUCUUGAUGAAGACAGAGAUUAUUGGGAAAGCAGACGCGAAAUGUUACUUGAGGACUGUCGGAAGAAACAUAAAGAUGCAAGGAGGAAAGUUAAAGUGAAACAAUGAAUGCUGUAGUUCUCCUAUUCAACUGUGAUUCCGAAAGGUGGAUGUGCUUGCCUUCAACUGCGGGAUAAUAUACAUGCUGUACACACAAAGUGAAAACAACAUCAUGAAAUCUAGUAAAGUGCACUCUGUUUUAAAGUAGAUAAUGAUGGAUGUUCUGAACAAAAGUAAAACAUGGGCAGUUGCUAUAUGUUGCUUUACAGCCAACAACAAAAUUAGGUGUCUGCUAUCUGCCUUUCUACGUGUUUCGUACUUGGGAGAGUUGUGUCUUAGGCUAUUUUUCCUGACCACGUAACUAAUCCUUCUCAAACAUUUGUAUAGGUGUAGUAAGCCGAGAAUACAAAAGUUUUUCUCCCCCCUCCCCCCCCCCCCCCACAACACCAACACUGAUUUUAAUACACAGUGGGAUGGUUCAGAUGUAACAAUCUUGACUUAAUGGCUUAUUAAGGCAAGGAG